AGUAGUUGGAGACGUGGAGCCUUAACGAAAGGACUUAAAUAAUCAUUGCGUGAAACUUUGUGAAACGGUAAAGAAAUCCAAGAAAAAAAAAUACCUUGUCUUUUCUUUUGCUGCUCAAAAAAAAUGAAAAGAAAAAAAAAUUGUCGAAAUGGAAAGAGAAAAAGUGUUGGAAAAAUUGUUGCAAAGAAAAUAAAUGUUUACGUUUGAAACAAAAAAUAAAUUAUUUAAGAAAAAAGUGUAAUUCAAUCAAAUCUGAGUGUUGUGUGAAAAAAUGUUAUCAAAAAAAUGAAAAUUUAAAAACAGUUCCAUGUAGCGUGUUUUCUCUUCAAUGGAAUAAUAUAUAGAAAUGGUCAACAAUGGAACGUGAAAAGGAAGCCUGAUAGUUCUUUGUCGGAACACACAACCAAAACACACACACAUACACACUAAUACACAAAGACACCGAGAGGCAUACAUUCAUACACACGAACAGACCAACCAACCAACCAGCUAGGCAUUGGCCCAGGCAGAGAUAUGAAGGCAUGCCAACACCAGAACCAGCGUCCGGAAGGAUAUCAACACACACAUACACACGGCCGACAGACAUGAAGACAUGCAGAGAAUGUGCUAAAACAUGAACAAGUUUCCUGUGAAAAAAACAGCAACAACAAAUAUAACUAAAACUACAACAACGGGAGCUCUAGGCUCACACAAUGAAAAGAGAAAAGGAGAGAGAGAGAGGAAAAUGUGAACAUUUUAUUAAAAAUAAUCUAAAAUAAAACGGAAACUAAGCAAAGAAUUAAAAUAGCCAUAACCAACAACAAAAUAAACAAACAAAAAAAUUGAAAAAGGAAACAAUAAUUGAAAAUUACGAAUAAAGUUAAUUUUGAAAUUAAAAACAACAACAACAACUGUUCUAACAUCAACUGAAAAUAAAAUUAAAAAUAAAAACAAAAAAGAAAAGUGUGUCGGAAAAAUAAACUUCCCAGUGAUAGAAAAGUGUGCAGAAACGGCAAACAUCAACGGUGUCUGUCAUCAGCAAACAACAUUUCCUCUUAACAAAAAUAAUAACUAGAACACGCUGCAACAACAAGAAAAACAACAAAUUUAACUGCAAUAGUAAUAACAUCAACUCUGACGACAAUUGCUCUUCCUCUUAGUUUUUUUUGGAUCUAAUUAGAACAACUUAAAAAUAAAUCCUCACAUACACGUACUAACCCAACAGAAACAUCUAAAAAAAGAAGCCCCAGAGAAGGGGGACGGGGGUGAGAAGAGAAACAGAGGAAGAGUAUUAAAGGAGUAGAUAUUUUGCAUUAGCAUUAACCCCACAUCCUUUGUAAGAGGCCUUAAGACCACACAAGAAACAGCAGCAGCAGCAGCAGAAGAAGAAGAGGACUAAAGGAAAGCACCACCACCACAAAAAGCAAAACAAAAAACGCUUUAAUGUAUCCUUAGUACUUAAUACAGCCUGACUUGUAAUGCGCCUUGGGGGUGGUGUACCAUACGACGGCGACCCCCCGACAAUGAGCGCUGCUGGCAACGACUAUGCCGAAUUAUGCGAUCUUGGACCUACGCGAUGGAGUUCGCGCGGCUACUAUCAUGUACCACCACCUGCGCACAGUUCAUCACUGCAUCCUAGCAUCCUGCAGACAUCCACCCAAUCGUCAUCCAGUGUCCCAACGGGUGGCUCAGCCGGUCUUACAGCUCAUCACCUGCGCGUUGCACCGCCCACAAGUAGUUACGAGGCAGAAGAUAUUGCCGCUGCUUACGGUAUGACAACACCGCCACCCGGCAUCACCGACCUCUCGAAUAGCUACGCCGUCAACUCACGUAUAGGCAAUAGUACAAGUUCGUUACGAACCGGUCCAACAUCAUCGUCCGCAGCAGCAGCAGCGGCGGCGGCAGCAGCAGCAGCAGCAGUUGGUGCAGGCACAGGGCGCUCGGGUUUGUACUAUUCACCGCCUGGCACAUCGUAUACGAUCAUUGAACGACCCCAUUCGCCGCACUAUUAUUACAAUUCGGCGGGUGUUGCCACCAAGGGUGGUUCAUUGCCGGGCCGUGGUUCGGCAUAUUUGUCCUCAUCACCGUCGAACUAUUUGAACAGCGGCAUGAGCGGGACAUUGCCUACCUCAACUGCUGCACGACAUGCAAUGAAUUCCGCUUCGGCCAUGGCCAAUGGCAACAAGAAACGGCCGAUAUCGCCGGAGCAGGUGCUGCGCAUGUUUGGCGCUACCCAAUCGUCUUCAGUUCCUACUAGCAGCUAUCAUUACAGUAAUGGUACGAGAGAUCGCACCGGUCGUCGUAGUCCCGCCAGUAGUCCACCAUCAACAACGCAUCAGAUCUAUCGCGAACGUGAAAGAGAUCGCAGCAUGACAAAUAUUCACGAAUUAACGACACGCACUGUGACCAUGUCCCGAGAUCAGCAAAUAGAUCAUGGAUUUGGUAUUUGUGUUAAAGGAGGUAAAGACUCAGGCCUUGGUGUUUAUAUUUCACGCAUCGAGGAAAAUUCCGUUGCCGAACGAGCAGGGUUGCGUCCCGGUGAUACUAUCCUAGAAGUGAAUGGCACCCCAUUCACUUCAAUCAAUCACGAGGAAGCGCUAAAAAGAUGUGUGCAGAUAUUGAAAUCACAACGUCAAAUCAGUAUGACGGUACGAUCACCACCCACGCUUAACUCAACGGCGCCGCUGCACGGCUUUGGGCCACCCUCUCGAGAUCCCAUGUACGCUUCAAUGGCUCCCCUGCUCACACAACCGACAGCACUGCCACCGGGUGCCGCCAUCGGAGCAACUGGUUCGUUGCCAUAUCGACAAACAUGUUCCUGGAUGGAUAGACACGGGAGACCUGCCUCACCGCCCAUGGAGUAUGGCGGCCGAAGAAGUGAUCGAAGGGAUAGAAUACGUUGUGUUGAGUUAUUAAUAGAACCCGGCCAGUCACUGGGUCUAAUGAUACGCGGCGGUGUGGAAUAUGGCCUGGGUAUAUUUGUGACGGGUGUCGACAAGGACAGUGUGGCCGAUCGUGCCGGCCUCAUGGUGGGCGAUGAAAUAUUAGAAGUCAAUGGCCAGUCCUUUCAAGAUGUUACCCAUGACGAGGCUGUUAGCCAGCUGAAAUACCACAAGCGUAUGUCCUUGGUCAUACGUGAUGUGGGUAAAGUGCCACAUUCCUGUACCUCCAUUGAAAUGGAGCCAUAUGAUGCUUACAGUCCCACGGGGACAAGAGCCCGUCGAAAAGGUCAAAUCACCGCCAUGGUAGAAGAGAAAGCCCGCUCACUUCUGCCUCGACAUCAUUUUGCAAGUCUUUCGUAUUAUAUUGCCGAAUAUACUGCGAGAGCAAUGACCAUAGAUGCCUUUGUAGCCGUCUUAUUAGAAAUGUUAGAUACAUAUGAAAAGCAUACACUAGUGACGGAAAUCCGUGAACUUAUAUUCCCUGAGGAUCGCACACGAUAUGAUGAACUAGUAUAUCGUAGAGAGCGCGAUCCUUACAGUGGCGAACGAUUAAGGCGUAAAGGAGAAAGUGCGCGUGAUUUGCCGGUAAGCUUUUUAGAAGAUUUAUUCUACGACACAGACACUACAUACUAUUAGAGUUGCGUUAUGACAAAUUAUAACAAAUAAAUAAAAACAAACUAACAAAGAACUCAUUAGUUAAGCAGAAAACCAGAAAAAACGACAAUUAACAAUCAAGCAAUGCAAUAAACUAACAAAACUUUACUGCAAUAUCAAAUAUAUCUAUACAUAUAUAUAUACAUAACCCAGCAAACCAUAUUCUGUCUGAAUGCAAAUUAUACGCAAUAAUAACAAAACAAAACAAAUAACUAUUCCAGUCCAACAAAAAAUAACCAACUAAUAAAAUUUCCCCUCAAGAAUAUCUAUUAACUUAAAAUUAAAUAAAUUACUAAUAAUUAAAUAAAAAUACUUUAUGAAAUGCUUAUUCAAAUAAUUUAUUAUUAAAACAAAACAAAAAAAAAAAAAAACAAGAACAAAAUACAACAAAAAAUAUUUAUUAAAUAAAACGUCGCAUGUUGAAUGUGUAAAACAGAAAGUACACAGAAAAAUCAAAAACUAACGGUAUUUUUAAUUUUUAUGAUUUUGUUUUUUCUAAUUCUACUGUUGUUGGGAAGAAU